AUGACCUACAGCUGCUGUUCUGGAAGCUUCUCCUCUAGAUCCUACAGAGGUCAACUAUGCUACCCCUCCUCCUGUGGCUCUUCCUUCCCAUGCCAACUGACCCACAGCACUAACUUCUGCUCUCCCACAAACUGCCAUCUGGGUUCUUCUUUCGGCCAUGGCUGUCAUCAGAACUGCUUCCAGCCCAUCAGAUGCCAGACUUCCCAUGUGGUGCGCAGCUCCUGCCAGCAUCCUUGCUACCGUCCAAGUGUGUCCAGCUUCUGCAGCCCUUGUAGGACCACAUAUGCUGGCUCUUGUAGUUUUGGAUCCAACAGCUGCCAUUCCCUGGGCUAUGGGUCAAGGAGCAUCUCCACUUCAGGCUGUGGCUCCGGAGGCUUUAGACCUGUGAGUUAUGGAGUGCGUGGCUAUCCUUCCUUUGGUUAUGGAUCUGGAUUCUGUCACCCAACCUAUGUGACUUCUAGAAACUUCCAGUCUUCUUGUCACAGACCCACCUGUGGAUCAACCAUCUGGAGAUCAAGUUGUUGA